UUCUCCUCCCCUUUCCUCUCCCCACUCACCCACUCCACUGUACCCACAAUCCUCUUUCUGUAUGCGUAUGUGUAUAUGGUACAGAAAGUCACAAAACUUCAUCAACUAAAUGAAGUACCGUUAACAAUUUGAGACCUUCAACUCAAGAAUAAUCUCUCCUUUUUUCUGUAACUCUAUUAAUCAUGACAGAACCCUACUACAAUUUCUCAGGAAGAUGGUUCGACUUCAUUCCUCCCCAUUCACCAUAUUCUUCUUCAUCAAACACUUCUUAUUCACAUCAUGCUGAUAAUUUAAGCCAUACAGUUUCUCAGCAAAUUCCCACUUCACCUCAUCCACAAGAAGCGCUUCCUCUUCUUAUUAACCUCAGCCCCUCAAAAGAUGAGCAUCAGCUCUCAUGCAGUGCCAUAGGAAAUGAAGGCAGAUCCCUUGGCACUGCCUCUGAUGAAAGUGUCACUAUAGACUUAAAUAUAGGGCUUCCUAGCCCUAAUUCUGAUUUGGUCACCAAGAUUUCUUCAUCUGGGGCAGAUAUAUUCUCAGGGUUGCCCUUGAACAGCAUAAACAAGGGUCAAUAUUGGAUUCCAACACUUACUCAAAUUCUCAUGGGACCAACACAGUUUUCAUGUCACCUUUGUUCCAAGACUUUUAACAGAUUCAAUAACCUGCAGAUGCAUAUGUGGGGACAUGGAUCCCAAUACAGAAAAGGAACUGAAUCUUUGAGAGGAACCCAACGAAGUGCAAUGCUAAGGAUGCCAUGCUAUUGCUGUGCACACGGAUGCGAGUACAAUAUUGAUCAUCCUAGAGCAAGACCUCUCAAAGAUUUCAGAACCCUUCAAACACAUUACAAGAGAAAGCAUGGAACCAAACCCUUCAUCUGCAGAAAAUGUAGGAAGACAUUUGCUGUGAAGGGUGAUUGGAGAACACAUGAGAAGAAUUGUGGUAAGAUUUGGUAUUGCAUAUGUGGCUCUGAUUUCAAGCACAGAAGGUCUCUUAAAGAUCACAUUAAAGCGUUUGGACUCAGCCAUGGAGCAACCAGAAUUCAAACUGAUUUUGAAGAAGAGGAUGAAUCAAGUUCUGAGAUUGAGGUCAAAUAAUAUGAGCUUAUAAUUUUGGUGCAUAAUUAACUGUAAUUGGUUCAAACAAUCAUUAAUCACGGUAUGGAAACUAACUUAUUGAGCUAUAUAAGAUCUAGAAGUGCCAUAUUGAGCUGGAAUCGAUGACUUGAUUGUCAAAAAAUAAUGAUGGUCAUCGUCUAUUUCCGUAAAGUUGUAAUUAUUCCAUGUUAGCCUCUAAUCAUUAUGUGUGAUGAACAUCAUUAUUGAUUGACACUCAUUAAUUUUUGUCAAUGGA